UCGAGAUCCAUCCACAAAAAACACUCACUGGUGAAAGAGAAGAGAGCGAGGCUUGGUCAGUACCAAUGGAGCACACGGCGGUGAGCAUUGGCAAGUUUGUGCUGAAUGGAGUGCUUGAGUACGCCCAAUCCGCGGCAACGGAGGUUGUGGCUCUCCAUUUUGGAGUACAGCGUGACAAGGCCUUCAUCAUAGGCGAGCUGGAGAUGAUGCAGUCUUUCCUGAUGGUGGCGCAUGAUGAGCGGGACGAGCAUAACAAGGUGGUCAGGACCUGGGUGAAGCAGGUCAGCGACGUCGCCUACGAUGUCGAGGAUGGCCUCCAGGACUUCUUCAUCCGUGUCCAUGGACGAUCCUGGUGGAGCAUCCCUCGCGCUUUCUUCGAUCGGCACCACGUAGCCAAGCAGAUGAAGGAGCUGCGUGCCAAGGUUGAGGAAGUGAGCCAGAGGAAUGUGCGCUACUCCCUCAUCGACCGCGGCUCUAAAACCGCUAUUGCUUUCGACCUCCCCGUCACCACCGCUGCUUCCAUGUUUGGUGUCAAUGAAGCAAGGCAUGAGAACAAGAAUGAAUCGGGAUCAAGAUUGGAUCUUACCCAGCUGAUCGUCAACAACAAUAAUAAAGGCUUGGGCUCAGAUCAAAUUGGAGUGAUAGGUCUGUGGGGAACAAGUGGCACCGUUGGGCAUGCCUCCAUCAUCUGGGAGGCCUAUGAGAAUACAGAUGUCAAACUCAAUUUCCUAUACCGAGCAUGGGUUAGUGUGACACGCCCUUUCCAUCGGAAAGCAUUUCUUGAGAGUAUUGUGGAACAAUUUCGAGCAACCUCUGCAGGGGUGGUUGAUUUUCUGCUUGAGCCGGAGCCGGAGAAGGCGAGUCAUGAGUUGGCUCAUGAGUACACAAGAUAUGUCAACAAAAAUAGGUACCUUAUUGUGCUUACUGAACUAUCCACCAUUGAAGAAUGGCACCGGAUCAAAAGUUGCUUCCCAGAAAACAAACUGGGGAGCCGGAUCAUCGUAUCCUCGAAGCAUCUUGAAGUUGCAAGCCUAUGCUCGGGUCAGGAAAGUAUUGCGUCGGAGCUGAAGCAAUUGUCUGCUGAACAGACCAUCUAUGCUUUCUACCUGCAGAGUUCUCAAGACAUAUCAUAUUCAUUGAUGAAUACAACUAGCCCAACGUUACCCUACACUGCUGAGAAUGAGAUACAAGAAGAUCAAUGUGACAAUGGUGUUGAUGGAAAGAUGAUGGUGCAAGAGAGUCUCGCACGCACCAACACAAUGGCAUGUGUUCUUGAGGAAUUUCAGCUUAUUGGACGGGAGAAAGAAAAGGCUGAUAUUAUUGAACUGAUUCGAGAACACACUUUUUCCCAAAGUUUUCAAGUGAUCGCAGUAUGGGGAAUGGGUGGUCUUGGAAAAACCACUUUGAUUAAAGAUGUUUACCACAGACAAGAGGUCAGCGACAUGUUUGGGAAACAUGCUUUUGUCACAGUUUUGCGACCUUUCAAGCUUGAAGACCUCCUUAGGAGCUUAGCAGAUCAGUUCCAAGAAAAUAAGAGAGAAGAAAAUAAGAGAGAAGAAAAGAAGAGGGCCUUGGACUUUCUCAUCGAUACCAAAAAAGAAAUUCCAAGUAAAAAAGUGGGAGUUGCAAAGCUGAUUGAAGAGUUGGCCGAACAUUUAAAAGGAAAAAAGUGUCUGAUUGUUCUUGAUGACCUAUCAUCUACCAUGGAAUGGGAUAAAAUAAUGCCAAGUUUACUUGAAAUUAAAAAUCCAUGCUUGGUCAUCGUGAUCACAACAAGACGAGAGGAUAUUGCUAAAUAUUGUUGCAAGAAACCAGAGUACUUGCAAGAAAAGGAGUGCAUACGUUUGCUCAGUAGGCUACAAGACAAGCAUGCAUGUGACCUCUUCACCAAAAAGGUAUUUAAGAAUAAGACCACAGAUUUGGCAAACCAAUAUCCUGAGUUGGUUGCACCCGCAGAACUCAUCCUAAAGAAGUGCAAUGGACUUCCUCUUGCGAUAGUCACCAUAGCUGGUUUCCUGGCAGACCAACCAAAGAAUGCUGCAGAGUGGAGGAAAUUAAAUGAGCAUAUCAGUGUUGAGCUAGAGAUGAAUCCAAAUUUGAAGGUCAUAAAUGCAGUCCUUAUGAAGAGUUAUGAUGGUCUGCCCUAUUACCUCAAGUCUUGUUUUCUGUACAUGUCCAUCUUCGGUGAAGACCGCAAUGUUAGCCGAAGACGUUUAGUCGGCCGAUGGAUCGCCGAAGGUUACUCACGGGACAGAGCUGUAGCAGACAAAUACUUCAUGGAACUCAUAGAGAGAAGCAUGAUAUUACCAACUCAGCAAUCAGUUUGUAGCAGAAAAGGAUUUGACUCCUGCCAGCUACAUGAUCUAAUCUGUGACAUCAGCAUUGCAGAAUCAAUGAAGGAAAAUCUUGUCUUGAGGCUGGAGGAAGGGUGUAGCUCGAACACUCAAGGCACUGUGCGUCACCUUGCCAUAAGUAGCAAUUGGAAGGGAGAGAAGCGUGAGUUGGAGAGCAUCGUGGAGGUGUCCCGUAUACGGUCAUUGACAGUGUUUGGCAAGUGGAGUCCAUUUUACAUUUCUGACAAGAUGAGGUUUCUUCGGGUACUGGACCUAGAAGAUACAGAAGAUCUGGCUGAUCAUCACCUUGAGCACAUUGGGAAGCAUCUUCAUCUGAGAUACCUUUCUCUAAGAGGGUGUGAACAUAUCCAUUACCUCCCAGAUUCUGUGGGUAACCUGAGACAGCUCGAGACACUAGAUAUUAAACAUACAAGUAUACUUAUGCUUCCCAAAACCAUCACCAAGCUUAGGAAGCUACGUUACCUGCAUGCUGGCAACGAAGUGUAUUUUAUGGAAGGGAUGUCACUACCAUGUGUACCUUACUGCAUACGUUUCGAGCGUCAUGAUGGGUGCGUUCCUUUCUCUUGCUAUGCUGACAAAGACAUAGAAUCUUAUGCUGUGAAUGUGCCAAAAGGGAUAGGGAAGCUGAAAAACCUGCACACAAUGGGGUCUGUGCACCUUGAUUGGGGAAAUGCCGUCGUAGAAGAGAUAAAAGGUCUCACCAACCUGCGCAAGUUAGGAGUAGAGCUUGGCAUCAACAAAAAAAUUGGGCAGAAAUUCUGUUCAGCAAUUUCCGGCCUCAGCCGGCUUGAGUCCUUGUCGCUAAAAUCACUAGGGGAGGAUUUAUAUGACUACUUGGAUGGCACGUCCUCACCUCCAGAGAACCUCCAAAGCCUCAAGCUAUCCGGACAGCUGAGGAAAUGCCCGCAAUGGAUCAAGAGCCUCCAGAAUCUCGUGAAGGUCAGUCUAGAAAUAACUAGGCUAUCGGGAGAAGGUGAAACCAUACAGGUUCUUGGGAAACUACCAAACCUAUCCACUCUGCGUUUGGAGGAGGAAGGGUUGCACAUCGAAGAGCCUAUCACUUUCCCGAGUGGCCUUUUUGGAAGCCUCACGGUACUUCAUCUUGAUUACGGAAACACAGAAAUCACAUCAUUGGAGUUUGAGCCAACGUCAAUGCCAAAACUUGAGGUACUGAGUCUGCGGUUUUUCCAUUUUACAAGUGGCUUUUCUGGGCUGGAAUUUCUCCAAAGCGUCAAGCAAGUACGGCUCUCGGUAUGUUUUCUUGGUGAUAUUAUCAAACGAAGGGCAGAGACGGAAGAUAUGACUGAAGAAGAAGCAGAAAAGGAAGCCAAACGCAGGGAAGACAAAGUCAAGGAGGAUAUUAAGAAUCAGCUCGCCAAGAAUCAAAAUGGGCCCAUUUUGAAGGUGGAACAGUACUGGAGCUAAGUCUGACGUGCCACUUGCUCGACUGUUCGUCAGCAUAUAUAUUAUGCAGUGACAUCAGGACUAGGAGGAGAAGAAGGGCAUACUCUCCCCUAUUUUAGUGUAUUUAUCAUAUCCUGGUAUAAGGACAACGGAUUCAUAGCAGGUUUGUGUAAUUGCUGAGAAUUUAAUUCAUUUGGGGCUUGAUACUUUUCAUUGUUUUGACGUGAUAAACUAUGUAAUUGGUCAGUAUGAGUGUUCAGUUUCUAUGCAGCUCGUUACGUUUUCCUGUUUAUGUUGAUGUAUCUUGUGAUUAAACUGAA